AAAUUUGUUGUUUUCUUCAUUUCUAAAUUCGGUAGUUUUUAAUUGCGAACAAAACAUGGUUGAAGAAGUUGAAUCAGAUUUUGGAACAGCGUAUUAUCGCUCGAACGAUCCAGUAAAUAAUCUAAAAAUAAAAGUGAGGUUAAAGAGAGUAACAGGUGCUGGACUUGUGCCAUCAGCUAUUGGAUAUGAAGGUCAAGACAAGGAUGAAUUGGGCAUGGAGAUGAAACCAACCAAGAGUAAAAAGACACCUGCUGCUGGGGAAUCGCGUCAGGACGACACAGAAGAGUAUACAUUCAAAUGGCAAGAAAAGGUGUUUAGCCAGCAAGAGAUGGAAAUAUAUGCAGACAUCAACAAUUGUAUCACACCAAUCGAUGAGGAGUAUCAUGCCCAGGUCAAGGAGAUUGGGAAAAAAGGAGGACGGAAAAACAAAAGGAUGUUCUGUUACGUUGAUCAUGAUAGGUUUACCAACCAAAAUGAGAUUACUUUAGUUACUACAAAUGCAAAUGAGAAGCCAUCAUUCCUUGCUGAGAAAAUGCAGAAUGUAAGAAGACGGCGAACAAAGCAACUUCCUGGGAAUGUUGAACGCAAACUGAGAGCAAGAAAUAAUCUUAUUAUUGAAAGACCAUCAGAGGAACACCAGAAGAGUGCUCAUGUUGUCAACACUCCUGCACACAUGAUGUACAUAAUGGCUACGCUGAAUGCACAGGGAGAUGAACCAACUGAGAAUGAUGAUUAUGUACUGUGUACAAUAAAGGUUGAUAUCAAUGGCGUUAUUAGUAUAAAUCCAGAUUUCAAUCUCCAGCGGCCUCCUUAUUCUAUCACAACAGAGUCUGCAAAACGGGACACUUUUGAAUAUAGCAUACAGCUCGUCUCAAAAACCAUGAACCAUGUCGAGCAGGACCGUGAGCGUCGUAUGAUACGUGAACUAUACGUUCGACAUGCCGAGAUUGUUAAUUCUCAAGUUGGUAGCGAUUUUGAGCAAGUGACCCACGGUGUUCUUCGUCUUUUUGUGAUCGGCCAGAUUGUGUCUGCCUACAACUUUGAUUAUGAUAACUUAUACGUUCACUACUUUGUGGAGUUGCCAGGAAAUUGGUCAUCAGAUCCGAGCCAGCAACUCUCUGGAGUAACGCAGACAUGCAAGACAAAGGUGAUUGGAAGGGACAGUGUUGCAUAUUUUGGUUUUCCAUUUGAGUUCGAACUAUUUUUCCGCAAUGAUGGUGACGUCGAAAAGAUUGAAUCGCUUCCACGAUGGCCUCAAAUAUUCUUAGAAGUUUUGUCAAUUGACACUUGGAAGCGGUACCGGACCGAGGGCUAUGCAUACACAUCAAUGCCCAACACAUCUGCCAGGCUUGCACUGUUGGCCGACAAAUUCAUCUCCACUCUUGACGACACCACAUUCUCUGCUGAGCGUAGGAAGUCUGAGCGGAUCAUCUGUCACACAUUCCUUAUGUUGCAGUUUCCAUUGGAAUCGCAUCGGCCGACCGGUAGUGUAAAAAUGCAUUAUAAGAUAUUAUACUACUGUUGUUAAUUGAUUUAAUAAGUC